UCAUCACUGACUGUCUUGGGGACACUCAGCUUUCUGUGCGAUAUCUACGCACAAACGUGAAGCGAGAGGGGGAGGAGACAUGCAUAAUGUAAAAGUAGGACAGCAGUCACGCGUCCGGAAGUGGGCGUGGUAAUCGAGGCCUACCGUGCCCACUUCUUUUCCCGGCUCCCGUGCCUUUACGUCAUCACACAGCGCCGCAGCAAUCUCUACAGCAGCAGCGGUAAUGAAUCCCCUCACAAAAGUGAAGCUGAUUAAUGAGCUGAAUGCCCGCGAGGCCAGCCUUGGGGUGCGGGAGUCAGUGUCGUGGCAUCAAGACUACAAGGACAGCGCUUGGAUCUUUCUGGGUGGUCUGCCUUUUGAGUUGACUGAAGGGGACGUUAUUUGUGUAUUUUCACAGUAUGGGGAGGUGGUCAAUAUCAAUCUGGUUCGUGAUAAAUCUACCGGCCGCUCUCGUGGCUUCUGCUUCCUGUGUUACGAGGAUCAGAGGAGCACAGUGCUGGCUGUGGAUAAUCUGAAUGGGAUCAAGUUGAAGGGGCGCACAAUUCGUGUGGAUCAUGUGGCUAAUUAUCGCCCCCCUAAAGACGCUGAUGAUAUUGAUGAAGUUACUAAAGACUUGAGGGAAAAAGGCUGUGGAGCACAGACGCCAUCUCCAUCUGCAUCAGAGGAGGAGCCGGUGGAACCACAGAAGACAGAGAGAGAAAAAAGAAAAAAACGUAAAAAGGAGCGCAAGGACCGUUCCCAUGAAAGAAAAAAAAGCGCAAACGUUGAUCAGCCAAUCAAGCAAGAACGCAACGAUCCAGGCUACGAAAAAUACAAUACUAAACCGCACAAUUCCAGACUGGCGAGAGAUUAGCAGAAGUCUUCAGAAAAAGAAACAGACGCAGUAAGCGUUUCUAAACCGUCGGCUAAUAACCAGCACAAAAUGCACCGGGCAGGAUCAGAAUGACAGACGGAAUGAACGCAUCAGGAACUGGCAAAUAAGCAUUGAGAUGUGCGAAGGACUAUGACAUUUUAUAGUGUAAAUAGGGCAGACAAUAGAGACUUUCCGGGAUUUUUUAUUUUGUUAUUUAUGGUGGACAGAGGUUCCUGGGAGACUGCGUCAGCUGCUGAACCGUGUGAGAGGAAGACGUCAAUGUAACGUAACUGUUAAAUUAAAUUAAAAAAAAUCUGUCCCCAGGUAUUUUUAUACAGCC